AUUAAAUCUGAUAUUUAAAGUCAUAAGUAUUUUGGAUUCGUAUUUGAAAACAAGAAUUUAUUAUCAAUUUAAGCGAUUAAAGACAUGAAUUUGAGCCUCAUUUUUGUGGCUGUCAUACAAACAGUUCUCUUCGAAUUGUCGGCCGCAUUUGAAAUUAACAUCAAGACAUGGAACGGCCAUAAGUGGGAAUAUGUGACCAUAACUGGCGCGACCUUCAUAUUGCUGGCCAUCAUCGGUCUUGUAGUAGUGGUGUGUUGUUGUCUUUGUUGUCUUAGCAUUUGCUGGAUUGGUCUCAAAACGCUUGAAGUGGCCCUCAAUGAUAGACCGUAUAUACGCCUCACAACUGCUCCUCCGCCACCACCAGUGGUUCAAAAGGCUUAAGACCUAACGAUUGCUUCAAUAAUCACUUCUUAGGUCUAUUCAUCACAUUUAAUACAUUCGUUCAAAAUUUGUAUUUAUUGAAUGCAUUUAUUAAUUUCGAUACAAC